AUGAGUAAAUUUUAUGUAUAUUUGUGUGCAGCACUUUCUGCUAUUGGGGGGUUACUUUUUGGAUAUGAUAUCGGCGUUAUAUCUGGAAUUCUUACGAUGAAACAUUUUCGUGAAGAAUUUCCUACUGGACCUGUAAAAGAAGGAACAAUCGUAUCAUCGCUUUUGGCAGGAUGUUUUUUUGGCGCACUCAUAUCGGGAUAUUUUGCUGAUAAAAUCGGUAGAAGGUUCUCGAUUCUAGGAGGAUCUCUUGUGUUUAUUGUAGGUAGUAUUUUACAAGCAACAGCUACAACUUUUGUUCAAUUGUAUUUUGGAAGAAUCAUUGCUGGUCUUUCAAUUGGUAAUCUUUCUAUGAUCGUACCUCUGUAUCAAUCUGAAAUUAGCCCAAAAGAGAUUCGUGGCCGUUUGGUUUCUCUUCAACAGUGGAUUGCAAUUUCAUUUUGGAUCGAUUAUUUUACAGAAAAAAUUGAUUCACCUGCACAAUGGAGAAUUCCACUAUGGAUUCAGAUUGUUCCGGCAUUAAUUCUUGCUGUCGGGACGAUUUUCCUUCCAUUUUCACCACGUUGGUUAAUGGAUCACGAUCGUGAGGAAGAAGCAAUAGUAGUAUUAGCAAACUUACGAGCUGGAGGAGAUAAAAGUGCGGCAAUUGUACAAGAAGAAUACUUGGAAAUCAAAGAUAAUGUUCGCUUCGAACGAGAGUUUGCGGCAAAAAAUUAUUUUGAGUUGGUUAAAAGAGGUCCUGAGAAUAUUCGUAAAAGAAUGCUAUUGGGAGUUUUUAUUCAGAUUUUUCAACAAUUGACUGGAAUUAAUGCUAUCAUGUACUAUGCACCUCUAAUUUUUCAUAAUGCUGGAAUUACAUCCAAUUCAUCCAGCCUUCUCGCUACAGGAAUUAAUGGUCUUGUAAAUAUGUUAUCCACAAUCCCUGCAAUACUUUGGAUUGAUCGUUGGGGACGUAGACCAACUCUAAUUUCUGGAGGCACGUUUAUGGGAAUAUCAAUGUUAAUUGUAGGAUGCAUAUUAGCGAUAAACGGAACAAAAUAUUAUGAUACUGAGUUAGAUAAAAAUUUCGUACAAUUAAAGAAUACAUCAAGUUCUUACGCUAUUAUUGUUUUCAUAUACAUUUUCGUGGCUAGUUUUGCCUAUUCUUGGGGUCCGACCGGAUGGAUCUACCCCGCUGAAAUUUAUCCUUUACGUAUUCGAGGUAAAGCAAUGUCUGUCACAACAGCUUCUAACUGGUUAUUUAAUUUUGUUAUUGGACAAAUUGUUCCGUAUUUGUUAGAUAGCACAUAUAUAAUCUUUGGAGUUUUCGGUAUAAUCAUGGCAGUAUCUGUUUUAAUCUUUUAUCCAGAAACAAAAGGCAAAUCAUUAGAGGAGAUGGAUGGUCUAUUUGGUAAAACGCAUCCACGUUCAAUAAAUCAACAUCGCCCACCGUCUUCAUUAGGUGACUUGGAACAUGGAGAGCCUGUAGUAGAGAAAGAAACUAGUUUAUCUACUUCUCCUGCUGAAAUUAAUGUAGUUGAGUCUUCAGAAAUGAGACAACCGGAAACUUAA